AUAUUUACAAGCUAAAAAGGCUGGUGUAUAUUGGAGUUUAAAAGAUAUGGUCUCGAUUUGGUGCCCUGGGAUGUGGUCUGAUAAAUUCUGUCUACACUAUGCAUGCUACAUUAUCAUGAUAUUAUCAUGCGUGGUUUCACUACACGCGCACAAAGCAAGAACGAAUGGUCUCAACAUCGACAACAAUGUGCUCCAAAUACAAAAGCGUUCGUUAGCAAAUCAUAGACUGCAAACAUUCAACGAUCUACGUCAGGUUCUUCAUAAAAUGGAAAAUAUAUACUCAUCUACAGAUAAAUACAGUAUUUUACAAAGUAAAGCUCGCGAGAAGAGAGACGCCGUCGGUUUUGCCGGAAGUGACAUUUUGGAUACUUUGUUGUCUACAUUGCUGCGUCCUGAUCAAUCUGGCCGUGCCCCGACCUCCCGCCCCCGCGGUCGUCUCAGCGUACAGGCCAGUUUUGCAAUCCUCCGAAAUCGGAUGCAGAACGAAGGUUGACGGUUACGGAAUCUUAAGGAACUUUGAUCUGAUAUUUAUUUUUUAAGGUUUUGUUGUUGUCUGUUAUUCAUUACCUGUUACGAAAUGAUUGCAUUUGAAACGUCAUAUUAUUUAUUUACAUUCAUUACAUGUUUUCCCUUUUUCAUAUCAGAAUUUAACACUUUCAUAUGUUUGCAU